AUGAGACCACUUACAGACGUAGAGACGCAAACCCUCUUCACCAAAUUGGCCAACUACACUGGUCGAUCCCUUACUCAAUUGAUUGCCCCAGAUCACUCCUCAGAGAGCGACAAGGACGACCGCCAUGUCUUCCGCCUCCACGAGUCCCGAGUCUACUAUGUCCGACUGUCCCUUGCAAACCUAGCAACCUCCAUCGCCCGCGACAAUCUCCUUUCGCUCGGCACCUGCGUGGGGAAAUUCACGAAGACAGGCAAGUUCCGGUUACACAUUACCGCCCUCGACGUGAUCGCGCCGCACGCCCGCUACAAGUUGUGGGUCAAACCGAACGGUGAGAUGCCAUUUUUGUACGGUGGGAAUGUCGUCAAGGCACAUGUUGGCAGGUGGAGUGAAGACAGUCCUGAACACUCUGGCGUUGUCAUCCUCUCCAUGGAUGAUACACCUCUCGGGUUUGGAGUGACGGCUAGGUCAACUGCAGAGGCAAGAAAGUUGGAUCCCACUGCGGUGGUGGCAUUUCGCCAGGGUGAUGUCGGCGAAUAUUUGAGAGAAGAAGAUACUCUAUUCACUACCUGA